AUGGAAUUUGUAUUCCGAAUAGCAAUGGCCAUUUUACAACAGGCACGACUAGAUCUGCUGAAACUCGAUAUGGAAGGAAUGCUUAAGUAUUUUCAACGUGAGGUACGUGAUCGAUACGAAAACGAUCAUGAGCUACUAUUUAUUGUGGCCAAUAAAGUCAAACUGAAUGCUAAAAAAAUGAAAAAGUCAAAUAUCCGCUUCCCUUGA